AUGGAGUCAAAGAGUCGUGAGUGGAUGCAGUGCAAAAAAAGUGGCCCUAGGUAUAAGAUUGGUGUGAAACAAUUUAUAGAGUUUGCUUUUUCACAAAAAAGUGUCAAAGAUGUGGUGCCUUGUCCGUGUGUGAAAUGCAACAACGAAAGGAGAAAAUGUAGAGAUGAAAUAGAGUUGGAUUUGCAUAAAUUCGGAAUUGUUAAGAGUUAUACACUCUGGUUGCGGCAUGGGGAAAGCAUCGGUGAUCAGGCAACUCAUAACAAUAUCAUAAACGAGUCAAAUGAAUUCCAGGAGCAUGAGCAUGAUGAAAUGUUAGAUAUGCUACAUGAGGCAUUUGGAGUACCGCUAGAAAAUGAUGUUGAGGGAGAGAGGGAUAAAGUGAGUGAAGGUGGAGAUCCUAAAGAUGCAGCAGAAGCUUUUUACAAAUUGAUGGGUGAUCUUGAGUUGGAGCUAUAUCCUGGGUGUAAGCAAUUCUCUAAGUUGUCCUUCUUAGUUAAGUUGUUUCACAUAAAGUGCUUAACUGGAAUACCCGACAAAAGUUUGGAAAUGGUUCUUAGCCUAUUCAAAGAAGCAUUACCUAAGGAUAACACUUUGCCAGAAUCUUAUAAUGAAGCUGAAAAGAUCAUAAAGAACUUGUCGCUUGAAUCCAUUAAGAUUGACGCAUGUCCUAAUAACUGCAUGUUAUUUUGGAAGGAGCAUGCCGAUGCACAGGAAUGUGUAAAUUGUCAUGCUUCUAGAUGGAAGAAGAAUGAACCAAGUAGCGAAUCUUCUACCUCACAAUCUAAGCCUAAGAAGAUUCCUAGCAAGACAAUGCGUUAUUUUCCGUUGAUCCCUAGGCUUCAAAGGAUUUUCAUGUCAACCAAAACCGCUGCAAGUAUGAGAUGGCAUAGCGAUGAACGUGUUGAUGAUCCUGAUGGAGUAAUGAGACAUCUAGCGGACUCCAAAGCCUGGAAAUCAUUUGAUGAACAAUAUCCAACAUUUGCCUCCGAGCCUCGAAAUGUUCUCCUCGGUUUAGCAAGUGAUGGGUUUAGCCCCUUUAGAAAUGGACAUAUUCCCCACAGUACAUGGCCGGUAGUUCUUAUCCCGUAUAAUUUGCCUCCAUGGCUUUGCAUGAAGCAAAAAUCUUUUAUUCUCUCUAUGCUUAUCCCGGGUCCUAAGGGGCCCAAAGAUAAGAUUGAUGUUUACUUGCAACCUCUAAUAGAGGAGUUGAAGUUGCUUUGGGAAGUUGGUGUUGAAACAUACGAUGCCUCAAGGAAAGAGAAUUUUAGAAUGUUUGCUUCUUUGCUGUGGACUAUAAGUGAUUAUCCUGCAUAUGGUGAUCUAUCUGGUUGGAGUACUGGCGGAGCUGUUGGUUGUCCUUCUUGUAACAGUGAUACUUGUUCUAGGUGGUUGUCAAAUGGGGGAAAACAUUGUUAUAUGGGUCAUCGUAGAUUUUUACCUAUGGAUCAUAUGUGGAGAUACAAUGGAAGUAAUUUUGAUGGGAAGCAAGAGUUGAGACCAAAACCUAAGCAGUUAUCUGGUGAGGAACUGCUACAACAGGUUAAUGAUGAACAAGCUGCUUCAAAGCAUACUUCAAAAAAGAGGCGACGCACAAAGAAGAAGGAAAAGGCAACAAAAUUAUGGCGAAAGAAAAGCAUUUUCUUUGAAUUGCCAUAUUGGAGUAGUCUUUUGAUACGCCAUAAUUUGGAUGUGAUGCACAUUGAAAAAAACGUAUGUGAAACUUUACUUGGGACAUUGCUAGAUAUUGAAGGGAAAAGUAAGGAUAAUAUGAAAGCACGUUUAGAUUUGGAGGAAUUGAACAUUAGAAAGUCAUUGCAUCCUAUAAGGGAUCCUAAUAAUCCAACUGAGAUCCCAAAAGUGUUCCCACCAGCUCCUUUUACCUUAUAUUUGGAGCAAAAGAGGAAUCUGUGUAACUUUUUGACUAGUGUGAAAUUUCCGGAUGGGUAUGCUUCAAAUAUUUCACGAAAUUCCUCACUUAAAGAGCGUAAACUCACUGGGUUGAAAAGUCACGAUUAUCAUGUUAUCUUGGAGCAUCUAUUGCCUCUUGCCAUACGUGACUGGCCCGUAUCAUUGUCCGCUCCACUUAUUAAGUUGAGCGAAUUUUUUAGAGUGUUAUGUUCUAAAGCAUUGAAGAUUGACGAGUAG